AUGUCCACUGUUCCCUUGACCACUGUUCCCUCGUCCACUGUUUCCUCGAUCACUGUUCCCUCAACAAAUAUUUCCUCAUCCACUGUUCACUCGUCCACUGUUUCCUCGUCCACUGUUCCGUCAACAAACGUUUCCUCAUCCACUAUUCAGUCAACUACUAUUCCCUUGACCACUGUUUCUUCGACAACUGUUUCCUCAACCACUGUUCCCUCAACUACUGUUUCCUCGAUCACUGUUCCCUUGACCACUCUUCCCUCCACCACUGUUCCGUCAACCACUACUCCCUUGACCACUGUUUCUUCAACCACUGUUCCCUCGACCACUACUCCCUUGACCACUGUUUCUUCAACCACCGUUCCCUCAAGCACUGUUCCCUUGACCACUGUUCCAUCAACGACUGUUUUCUCGAUCACUGUUCCGUCAACAACUGUUCCCUCGACUACUGUUCCUUCUACCACUGUUCCCUCAACAACUGCUCCCUCGACUACUGUUCCAUCAACGACUGUUCCCUCUACCACUGUUCCCUCAACCACUGUUCCCUCGACCACUGUUCCAUCAACGACUGUUUCCUCGACCACUGUUCCCUUGUCCACUCUUCUCUCAACAACUGUUCCCACGUCCACUGUUCCAUCGACCAAUGUUCCCAUGUCCACUGUUCUCUCGAGCACUGUUCCUUUGACCACUGUUGCCUCGUCCACUGUUCUGUCAACAAACGUUUCCUCAUCCACUAUUCCCUCAUCCACUGUUUCCUCGUCCACUGUUCCGUCAACAAAUGUUUCCUCAUCCACUGUUCCCUCCUCCACUGUGCAGUCAACUACUAUUCCCUUGACCACUGUUUCCUCGACUACUGUUCCCUCGACCACUAUUCCCUCAACCACUGUUCCCUCGACAACUGUUCCCUCGACCACUUUUCCCUCAACCACUGUUCCCUUGACCACUUUUCCCUCAACCACUGUUCCAUCAAGUACUACUCUCUUGACCACUGUUCCCUCAACCGAUGUUCCAUCAACGACUGUUUUCUCAACCACUGUUCCCUUGUCCACUGUUCCCACGUCCACUGUUACAUCAACCACUGUUUCCAUGUCCACUGUUCCCUUGACCACUGUUCCCUCGUCCGCUGUUUCCUCGAUCAUUGUUCCUUUAACAAAUAUUUCCUCAUCCACUGUUCACUCGUCCACUGUUUCCUCGUCCACUGUUCCGUCAACAAACGUUUCCUCAUCCACUGUUCCCUCGUCCACUAUUCAGUCAGCUACUAUUCCCUUGACCACCGUUUCCUCGACUACUGUUUCCUCAACCACUGUUCCCUCAACCACUGUUCCCUCGACUACUGUUUCCUCGAUCACUGUUCCCUUGACCACUCUUCCCUCCACCACUGUUCCGUCAACCACUACUCCCUUGACCACUGUUUCUUCAACCACUGUUCCCUCGACCACUGUUCUCUCAACCACUGUUUCCUCGAUCACUGUUCCCUUGACCACUCUUCCCUCCACCACUGUUCCGUCAACCACUACUCCCUUGACCACUGUUUCUUCAACCACCGUUCCCUCAACCACUGUUCCCUUGACCACUGUUCCAUCAACGACUGUUCCCUCGACCACUGUUCCCUCAACCACUGUUGCCUCGACCACUGUUCCAUUGACCACUGUUCCCAUGUCCACUGUUCUCUCGAGCACUGUUCCCUUGACCACUGUUUUCUCGAUCACUGUUCCGUCAACAACUGUUCCCUCGACUACUGUUCCUUCUACCACUGUUCCCUCAACAACUGCUCCCUCGACUACUGUUCCAUCAACGACUGUUCCCUCUACCACUGUUCCCUCAACCACUGUUCCAUCAACGACUGUUUCCUCGAUCACUGUUCCGUCAACAAACGUUUCCUCAUCCACUAUUCCCUCGUCCACUGUUUCCUCGUCCACUGCUCCGUCAACAAAUGUUUCCUCAUCCACUGUUCCCUCCUCCAUUGUGCAGUCAACUACUAUUCCCUUGACCACUGUUUCCUCGACUACUGUUCCCUCGAUCACUAUUCCCUCAACCACUGUUCCCUCGACAACUGUUCCCUCAACCACUGUUCCCUUGAACACUUUUCCCUCGACCACUGUUUCCUUGUCCACUGUUCCCUCAAUGACUGUUCCCUCAACCACUGUUCCCUCAACAACUGUUCCCUCAACCACUGUCCCUUCAACUACUGUUCCCUCAACCGCUGUUCCCUUGUCCACUGUUUCCUCGAUCACUGUUCCCUCAACAGUUUCCUCGUCCUCUGUUCCCUCGUCCACUGUUUCCUCUUCCACUGUUCCCUUGUCCACUGUUCCCUCGACUACCAUUCCUUCAACAACUGUUCCCUCAACCACUGUCCCUUCAACCACUGUUCCCUCAACCGCUGUUCCCUUGUCCACUGUUUCCUCGAUCACUGUUCCCUCAACAGUUUCCUUGUCCUCUGUUCCCUCGUCCACUGUUUCUUCAACCAAUGUUCCCUCGUCCACUCUUCCCUCGAUGACUGUUACCUCUACGACUGUUUCCUCAACCACUCUUACCUCAACAACUGUUUCCUCGUCCACUGCUCUCUCAACACCUGUUCCCUCGACCACUAUUCCUUCACCGACUGUUCCCUCAAUGACUGUUCCCUCGACAACUUUUCCCUCGACCACUGUUCCCUUGACCACUGUUCCCUCGACCACUGUUCCAUCAACGGCUGUUCCCUCAACCACUGUUCCCUCAAGAACUUUUCCCUCCACCACUGUUCCCUUGACCACUGUCCCCUCGACUACAGUUCCGUCGACCACUGUUACCUCGACUACUGUUCCCUUGACCACUCUUACCUCGACUACAGUUCCCUCAACCACUGUUACCUCGACUACUGUUCCCUCUACUACUGUUCCCUUGACCACUCUUCCCUCAACCACUGUUCCAUCAACAACUGUUCCCUCGACAACUGUUCCCUCGACCACUGUCCCCUUAACCACUGUUCCUUUGACCGCUCUUUCCUCCACCACUGUUCCCUCAACUACUAUUCCCUUGACCACUGUUUCUUCAACGACUGUUCCCUCAACCACUGUUGCCUCGACCACUGUUCCCUUGUCCACUGUUCCUUUGACUACUAUUCCUUCACCGACUAUUCCCUCAAUGACUGUUCCCUCGACCACUGUUCCCUCAACAACUGUUCCCUUGACCACUGUUCCCUCGACCACUGUUCCCUCGACUACUGUUCCCACGACUACUGUUCCCUCGACCACUCUUCCCUCGACCACUGUUCCAUCAACUGUUCCCUCGACCAUGUUUCCCUCAACCACUUUUCCUUUGUCCAGUGUUCUCUCGACCACUGUUCCCUUGACCACUAUUUCCUCAACCACUGUUCCCUCAUCCACUGUUUCCUUCAUCACUGUUCCCUCGACCAACAUUUCCUCGUCCACUGUUCCCACGUCCACCAUUCCCUCAACCACUGUUCCCUUGACCACUGUUUCCUCAUCCACUGUUCCCUCGUCCACUGUUCCUUCGACCACUGUUCCCUCAUCCACUGUUGCCUCGACCACUGUUCCCUCAACCACUGUUCUCUCGACCAAUUUUCUGUCAACUACUGUUCCCUGGAUCAAUGUUUAUUCGUCCACUGUUUUCCUCAUCCACUGUUCCCUCAAUGACUGUUUCCUCAACGACUGUUUCUUUGACCACUGUUCCCUCGACCACUGUUCCCUCAACGACUGUUUUCUCGUCCACUGCUCUUUUAACCCCUGUUCCCUCGACAACUGUUCCCUCAACGACUGUUCCCUCAACCACUAUUCCUUCACCGACUGUUUCCUCAAUGACAGUUCCCUCAAAUAUGACAUGCAAUAUCUCUGGUCCAAGUUCACCAGGUAUUCUUUGCAUGGUGGAUCAUUCUAG